CCACAGAAAUCAGUACGUCCACGUCACAGCAGCAGCGGCGCCAGUGACCACCCUGUGGGCAUGGAAGCUGCUCGUCGUGUACUCCUCCCCGUCGCUCCUGCCGACGAGGCCGACAGCAAGAACGACGCCGUCAUCGACCUCUGGCGCCAGCCUAAGAUACCUGACCCGUUCGUCUGGCCGUGCGCCGACGCGCAACCCACGUUGGAGUUGGAGCUGGACGCGCCUAUCAUCGAUGUUGGCGCUGCCAUGCGCAGUAACGCCGGGUUGCGCCGCGCUGCAGCGCAGGUCGCCUCGGCAAGCGCGAGCCACGGCUUCUUCCAGGUGACAGGACACGGCCUGGACCCGGAUGUGGCGCGCGCCGCGCUCGACGGCGCCGCGGACUUCUUCCGCCUGCCGCUCGACACGAAGCAGCGCGCCGGCCGCACCCCCGGGGACGUGACCGGAUACACCUCUGCCCACGCCAACCGCUUCACCACCAAGCUUCCCUGGAAGGAGACGCUUUCCUUCGGCCACCGCGACAGCGUCACCGCCGGCAGCCAUGUCGUCGUGGACUACUUCACCUCCACCCUGGGCAGCGACUUCAAACCCUUAGGGGAGGUGUACCAGAACUACUGCGACGCGAUGAAGAAUGUUUCGCUAAAGAUUAUGGAAGUGCUGGGUGUGAGCCUGGGGGUGGGGAGGAGCUACUACAGGGACUUUUUCGCCGACGGCUGCUCCAUCAUGAGGUGCAACUACUACCCGCCGUGCCCGGAGCCAGAGCGAACGCUGGGGACGGGGCCGCACUGCGAUCCGGUGGCGCUUACCCUCCUGCUGCAGGACGGCGGCGUGGACGGCCUCCAGGUGCUCAUCGACGGCGAGUGGCGGCCCGUGCGUCCCAAGCCCGGGGCGCUCGUCGUCAACAUCGGGGACACAUUCAUGGCGCUGUCGAACGGGCGGUACAGGAGCUGCCUCCACCGCGCGGUGGUGCACCGGGAGCAGGAGCGCCGGUCGCUGGCCUUCUUCCUCUGCCCGCGAGAGGACCGCGUGGUGCGCCCGCCGGUGGCAGCCGAGCAGCCGCGGCGGUACCCGGACUUCACAUGGGCCGACUUCGCGCGGUUCACGCAGCGCCACUACCGCGCCGACGCCCGCACGCUCGACGCCUUCGCACGCUGGCUGAUGAGCGGCCGGCCCGCUCAGCCGCUCCGCGGCGGCGGCGGCGUCCAGGAGCCCGGCCAAGGCCAAAGAGACCGUGUGGCUGCUAUAGCGAAGUAG